AUGCCGGCGAAGACGGUUGAAGUUGAACGACGACAAAAGAUGAAAAAGAAGUUGCAGAAUGAUCUUCUUUGUUCGUCGUCACUUCGCCCUGAAAAUAAUUGAAAUCCAAAAGAUGUUAUUUCGGAGGAUUGUUUAUACUUGAACGUGUUCACAAACCUACAAUGCUUGCAGUUUAAAAAUUGUUCCGUUCUUUUCCUAAUUCACGGUGGUCGCUUCCUGCUAGGAUCUGGAUCUAAUUACAAUCCAAAAAUUAUAAUCAAAAAUUUUCUCGGUUCUCAUCGAAAUGUGGUCGUCGUAACAACGAAUUAUCGAUUAGGCGUUUUCGGAUUUUUGAAUUUUCCAAACGCUGCAAGAAACGUCGCACUUCACGACGUAUUAAUGGCUUUGAAAUGGACCAAUGCAGAAAUCGCGAAUUUCGGAGGUCUGCCAAAUAAAACUACUAUUAUGGGGCAUAGUGCUGGUGGUUUAUUGAAAAUUAAAGGAAUUGAGCUAUUAAACGCUCAAAUUGACACACUUCGCGAUACCCCUAUGAUGAUUUUAGGACCAUGGUUAGAUGAUGACCUUCUCAUUGCUAGUCCCGAAAAUUUACGGAAAAUGUCUAAAACCCUACCUAAAACUACAAUGAUAGUAAACCAUGAUCACUUUGUAUUUGAUGAUUACAUGUUUCACGUUCCAAUUUUGAAAAUGGCUGACGAUUAUUCAAAAUUUGGAACAGUUUAUCUUUAUAGCCAACCCCAUACAUGCAGAAGAAUUAAUUUUGAUGAAAAUUAUCGAAUGCCCGGUAUGCGAGAUCGCUAUUAUAGGGAUGCCGACGAAUUUUGGAAUAAAAUAGCUGUUCGAUUGGGUGGUGAUAAAUUAGAAUUGACGGAAUAUCCGAAGAGCUGGGAUGCUGUUUCUCCUUUUAUUCUUGAAAAAACGUUAAUGAGUAAAUGGGCAAACCGUUCUGAAGAUGGAUUGAAAUCUAGUGCAGCAGCUCUUCAAACUGUCAGAGAACUGGAGAUGUUUCUAUAG